UCAGCAGUCACUUCAGUAGACUCAGUUCAACCGACUUCGUGCGCGCUAAGCUACGUUCAGCGCUCCGCUCCAUUCAUUGAGGUUCAAGGGCGUAAUUCACCGUCACCAAAAAAAACGAAGAAAAAUGCUGGACGCUCUGUCCGAGGUGCUGCAGCCGUACAAGGAGCUGGUGGGGAAUGCGGCUGCGAUCGUGACCGUGCUGCAGAUGUUCAGCGGCUGCUUCGUGUGCAACGACAUCCGCCGGAAGGGAACUUCGGGCUUCUCGCCGAUGCCGUUCAUCGGCGGUUGUGCGCUAACCGUCCUCUUCCUCCAGCACGCCCUCCUAAUGGGCGACCCAGCCAUGAUAAAGGCCAACGUGGUCGGUUUCGGCAUCAGCGCAGUCUACGCCACGUUCUUCCUGCUGUACACCCCUCGAAAAGAUCGCACGGCCUUUUGGAAGCAGGUCGCUAUGUCUACGGCCCUAACGGCUGCCCUGCUAGCCUACGCCCAGAUCGAGAAUCCGGCCGUCGUCGAGGACCGCUUCGGGCUGAUCGUGACCAUCCUGAUGCUGAUGCUGAUCGCCCAGCCACUGUUUGGAUUGCCCGAGAUAAUGCGCAAGAAGAGCACCGAAGGACUUCCGUUCGCGAUGAUUCUGUCCGGAACGAUCGUCGGAUUUAUGUGGCUGCUGUACGGCGUAAUUCUGAACAACAUGUUUGUGAUUUUGCAAAAUUUGGCCGGUGUGACGCUCAGCGCAAUCCAGCUGGCACUGUUUGCCAUUUACCCGUCCAAGGAUUCGAAGAAAAAGAAAAACUAAAAGUAGUGAUUAGUUGUAGCUAAUUCUUUAUUUUUUAUACACUAACGCUAGGUUAACCUCUAAGGUUGAGUUCGAUUGUCCAAUGUGCCUAUCACAGAUAUUGGUUGGACCGGUAGUAUUAUUGAUCGACGUUCCUUGUAAUAAAAUAAAGUAGACGAAA